CGGCCAGGGAAGGAGGCAUGGGCGCCCUGUCACUUGCCUCGAGUCUUGACAUUGUGGGCAUGUUAAUUAGUAUUCGGCUUAGGGCAUACUCACACUAGCACUUCUCAAUUUAUUUCUGGACGGAAUUGCGGCCAGAUGCAUUUUAGUCCGGCUGUAAUUGCAGUCAGGUACAUUUAAGAUAGUGGUAGUGUGAGGACGCCCUUACUUAGUUAACAGUAUUGAUUGCGCUGUAGUGCAGGCAUAACGAACUUAUUGUGGUGGUCGUCUUGUCUUGACACGCAAGCGGCGGUGACCAACGGAACGUGUAAUCAAGCAGGUGAUCGGCGGAACGAGUAAUCAAGCUACGCGCAACGCGCAACGCGCAACGACGCCCGCCUCGUGGGUGGCUACCGGUUGUUGCUCGGAACUAUCUCCAAUAGUGCGCUCGUAGUUCCACGCGAAGUGCGCGGGGUAGCUGCGGUACGUUGCGCGAAGUGCGCGGGUAGUGAAAUCUGAGGUACGGAGCAAUCGAAAGUGCGUCGUGGAAGCUGAGCUGGUCAGGCCACGUGGUUGCGGCACGACGGUACUCAGUGCGCUCAAGUUGGUUUGAUCUUGCGCGAUCUCGUUGGAGAUGUGGGGAAGAGGCGGCCGAGGGUUUGGAUAUGGGGGGAGCUAUGGCGCCGGGCCGUAUGGUGGAGGUGGAUACGGGGUGGGUGGGUAUGGCGGCUAUGGNGUCCAGAUACGUGGAGGAUGUGAAACGUAUCUGUGCAGGGAGGGGGCGCGGCUGGGCCGGCGGAGUCGGGAUCUCUGCCGAUGCGGCCUCGGCGGCGCGCAGCGGUGAACCCUCCCCGCCGGGAGCGGAGCCGGCCCCUGCUGCUGUUCCCCGAACUCGCGGGGGCAAACUGGUCGAUCUCCAGCAGGCGCUGCUUCGUGUCGACGGCCGAGGCUAUGGAGCUUACAGGGACAUCGAGGGCGUUUGGGUUUUGGAGGAAGGCAUCACGUUGUUCGUUGAUCGUACUCAAUCUGAUCCUUUCGCGCCUCCUUCCAGAUGUAGAAUCCAGGUAGCGCAGCAGCAAGCAGGGUUCCCAGAGUCUCUUUAUGAUUCUCGCAUUCGAGCCAUCGCUCUGCGCGACUACUUGACAAGAACGUUCGCUGAAGCUUUGUCGAAAAGCGGGGCUGACAUCCGACGUGGCGCGGUGCGAUGGAACGCCGCGAAAGGCGGAGAGGUGACCGUUGAAUCUCCAGGGCAACAGGUGUUGGAACGAUCGAGCGUGCUGAUCUCAGAGGAAAAGGUGGAGGCUCGUUUCGUGGUGGCGUUGCCGGCGCAAGGUCGGACGGUGUUGGGGAAAUGGGCAGCAAGGGUUCUGACAGAGAUGAUUCCCACGGCUGUGAAGGCAUCCCUGGUGUAUGCCAGCCUGGACGCGGCUGAAGUGGAGGCCCACGUGAACUGUGUCGAGGACACAGAGAGUCUCAGGUCGCAGCUGGCUGAUGCCAACCUUGUUGCCUUUGUUGGGAACGGAUCUGUGCUUCCGCGCAAGACCGGGGCCUGCGAUCUCCCUAUGGAAGGGAAGGAGGUGGUGGUGUUCGAGUCCCCCCCAUCUUUGUCCCGCUCGUUUACGCUUCCCCAUAAGGGUGAGGUGUCGGGGAUGGGAAUUCCAAAGGGGGUGACUUUGAUCGUAGGAGGGGGGUUUCACGGUAAGAGUACGUUGCUGGAGGCGCUGCAAAUGGGGGUAUACAACCAUGUGCCAGGCGAUGGGAGGGAGCUUGUGGCGACGGACCCGUCCGCGGUGAAGAUCCGCGCGGAAGACGGGCGGAAUGUGGAGUGCGUGGACAUCUCCCCCUUCAUUCGGAACCUGCCGAUGGGGCGGGACACUGCGCAGUUCACGAGCGCGGACGCCAGCGGAAGCACCAGCCAGGCGGCCAAUGUGAUGGAGGCGUUGGAGAUGGGCGCCAAGACGCUGCUAGUGGACGAGGACACGUGUGCUACCAACUUCAUGACAAGAGAUGUGCGCAUGUGCGCGCUUGUCUCUGCUGAGCGCGAACCCAUCACUCCGUUCGUUGCUCGGAUUCGAUCUCUUGUCACGCGCUUCGAUGCGUCGUGCGUCUUGGUAAUUGGUGGCUCGGGGGAUUACUUCGACGUGGCGGACACUGUCAUCAUGCUGGACAGUUUUGCGGCGCACGAUGUGACCGGCGAAGCUAUCAACAUCGCACAGAGAUACCGGAGACCCGAUGCAGAGAGCUUCGUCUCGUCCGAUGAAGAGGACCCUUUCCCGGAAUCGCUUGCUCGUGUACCCAAGGUUGUCUUUGAGGCCGCUUUCACCAAAGCGAGCGUGAGGUCCAAGUCUGUUAUUGCAAUCGGAGAGGAGGAGAUUCAGCUCUCGGCUGUGGAACAGCUUGGCGAGAAUUGCCAGACUAGGGCGAUCGGCGAUGCGAUUGUGCUCAUUCGCAACAAGUUUGUGAACGGAAAACGCUCUCUUGUAGAAAUAAUGAAGAUGCUUGAGGAAGAAAUUGAUGCGCAGGGUUUGGACGCCCUUUCUCCUGGGAUGUUUUAUGGUUAUUAUGCAAGGCCGCGGGCAUUAGAAAUUGCUGCGGCGCUUAAUCGGUUGCGGACAUUGAAAAUCAGACGACAAGAGGAUCUGGAGCGGGAGGUUGAAAACGGGGAGGAGGAGAAGGUGAAGCAGCAGGAAGGGCAGGAGGGAGAGCAGUCGCAGGGGGCUGAGCAAAAGGAGCAGCAGCUGGAGGGAAAGCAGGUGGAGAAGACGGAAGGGGAGGAGGUAAAGCGGCCAGAUGGGCCAACGGAGGAUACCGAGAUAGCCCGACAAGCAGAAGGAGAGGUGGCGAUGGACGAGCAGGCAACAGGUGAGCUUGAGAAAGUAGGGGAGAAAGACAUUGGGAUGGGGGAAGCAGAGGUGGAGGGGAAAGGAGCUCAUCAGGAUGGGGAAGUGCUGGUCAUGCAAGGCAGUGAGCACGGUGAGGAAGAUGAGCCAAACUUCGAGGUCAGCCAUGGAGGGGUGAAUGGAGAGGCCAAGGACGCUGGGUCAAUCGAGACGAGUGCCCAGGGAGAGGUUGGACAGGAGAUGGAGGAAGGGGGUGAAGAAACCCUUGCAAAGGAAGAGACAUUCGAGGACGAGGGGGAGGCCGAGGAGAUGGCGGUGGAGGGAGAUGCUGGGAAGGAGGAGCAAAUGCAAGGUCAGGAAGAGAAAGACAAUGUGACGCAGCAGGCAGAGGGCCAACAAGAAACCAGGGGGGUCAAGGAUGAGAGUAGAGAAGGGCAGCUAGAUUUGACCAGCCCUGUCAGGAGAAGCACUCGGUUGAAGAGGCCGAGAGAUGAAAGCUCAAAUGACUCUGCUGGAAAUCGUCGGUCCAAAGAAAGGGCCAUUUCACAGGGUGAUAGGUCUGGCGAUGACGAACAAGAGGCCUCGUGAUGUCUCCCUGUCAAUUUGUGUUCGAGGAUAAAUCUUUCAGCAGGCUAGAUCCGAGAUAGAGGUUAGAUAGGAAUAGACUCAGAUUAGGCAUAGAGGUAGUCAGUGAAUAGGUUUCCUCCGGUCUCCACCCCUCUCUCUCUCUCUCUGUGCUCUUUCUCACCCUUGUGUCUCUUUGUCGGCUCUCUCUCUCUCUCUCUCUCUCUGCCCUUUGUCACCCUUGUGUCUCUUUGUCGGCUUCUCGUCUAUCUGCGCCUGCCUCUCUCUGUCUCUUUUACAUUUUGGAUAAUUGUCUGCCGUGAUGUCGAUAAAUUGCCCGCCCGCGUAGAAUGCUUCGGUUGAUGCCCCCGUUGCAGUUCCCCAUGCACUUCGGCGCCUUGUAGAGUAGUAGAUCCUAUGAGAGAAAUGUGAAUUGCAAUUGUUGGGAGGGGGAGGCAAAGGAAAGAGUGCAUGGAUGGGUUUUAAAAGCAAACAGCAAAGCAGUUGUGUUAGAAUGUGUGCUGUUGUUCUUCUGCAUGAAGGUAGUCCUGGCUUUUAAGCUUCAUGAAUGAAAGUCCAGACUGCGAACUCCUCGUGGUAAGAAGCGGUAGGCAAACUGCAAACGGGUUCUUCCUGCUGUGAGUUGGUGUGCAAAUGUAGAUGUCAUACAUUUUUGCCAGGUGUGGGGGUGAUGGCAAAAUCACACCCCCGGAUUUUCCCCUUGUGCUUUGUUGCAAUCGGCUCAGCAAUGCCAGCCACUCAAACUAGUCACAAAUGCAUCAUUUUCUGGUCAAGAUAAUUUGCUUGAUGCUGUCCGUAAAGGAAAGACGUGAGGUUAUUGUUAAAACAUGUGCAGUCUUUUCCUGUGUGAGAAUUUUCUUUCAUUGGCAGACACAUACAUAUGGGGAGAGGGAGAGAGAGAGAGAGGGAGAGAGAGAGAGAGGGUUUGUUCUGCCAGUUUUGUUUACCAGAGUUCCUCCAGAGACAAGAAGGCCGGGUUUCUUAUGUGACUGAUUGAUUUAUUCUUUUAUUGCAAAUUCCCCAACUAUCAUAAAGGUGAGCUUGCUUUCGAAAGCUGCAAAGCAGCGCACACCCUUUUCUCAUCUGUUCCUGACUUUUGUUAGGGUUUUGAUGGUGUGAAAGACUGGGUGGUGAUGAGGAGAAUGAAAAGUGUUGAGAUGU